UUCGACAUGUAUGUCACAGCUCAUGUUUUAUAUAUGCCUGCAGCCUGCUCCAUUAUUCUGAACAAUGACCUGCGCCUCUCUGCAUGCAUGUGCCAGCCAGUUAAAUUUGCCGGCUUUUAAUUUUGAGACCAAGUGGCCAUUUUCGCCUCUCCUUAGUUCUCAUCUCAGUGGUGCCAUGGCACAGAUCUAGAGCGAGCGAGAGGGGCUGAGCUUGAGAGGGUUUGGAAGGGAUCGAUGGAGAUGGGCGCGAAGAAGAGCAGGAGCAGCAGCGAUACUGCAACGGCAGGUAAGAGAAGCAGCACGCGGAGCAACAACAGCGGCAGCAGCGGCACAACGACGCCGGCGGUGGAGAGGAAGGAGAUCGAGAGGAAGAGGCGGCAGCAAAUGAAGAGCCUCUGCGUCAAGCUCGCCUCCCUCAUCCCCAAAGAAGAUUGCUCCAGGGACGCUAUGACUCAGCUGGGUAGCUUGGACGUAGCGGCGGCGUACAUCAAGAAGCUCAAGGAAAGGGUAGACGAGCUGCAGCAGAAGAGGAGCUCUGCGCAGCUCAUGGCCGCUGGCACCAGCGGAGGAGGAGGAGGAGGUAGCGUCGCCUCAACAUCGAUGGCGACGGCGGCAGCGAGUGGCGGCGCGAGGUCGGAAGAAGACGCCGCCGAGGAGGCCGCGGAGGCACCGGUGGUGGAGGUUGUGCACCACCAUGACGGGUCGAGCCUGGACGUGGUGCUCAUCAGCAGCGUGGAGCGGCCGUUCAAGCUGCACGAGGUGGUCACAGUGCUGGAGGAAGAAGGCGCCGAGAUCAUCAACGCCAACCUCUCCGUCGCCAGCCGCAAAAUCUUUCACACCAUCCACUGCCGGGCCUUUAGCCCAAGAAUCGGCAUAGAGGUUUCAAGAGUUUCUGAAAGACUAAGAGCAAUGGUAUGAUAUGGUAUAGAUAUUGCAAAUUUACAAAACCAACAGAGCUCUAUUUAUUACCCAAGAUUUUUCCAUGUCUAUGGUCGUCCAACACGAUGUUCAAAUAAAUAUGUCUAGUUAUACCAUGCAAAUUUUUCAAAAGCUUGUUGUUUGUUUUAGCCCGAAGAAAAAAUACAAGCUUGAUUGCUAUAGUUUUUUUUC